GUCUCAGCCUCGCUGCCACCACCGCCGCUGCCCAGAGACUGCCGAGCCGGGUCCGUAUGCCGCCACCCACUCCGGACACAGAAUAUCCAGUUAUGGAUAAAAAUGAGCUGGUGCAGAAGGCCAAGCUGGCCGAGCAGGCAGAGCGAUAUGAUGACAUGGCAGCCUGCAUGAAGUCUGUCACUGAGCAAGGAGCUGAGCUGUCGAAUGAGGAGAGGAACCUUCUCUCUGUUGCUUAUAAAAACGUUGUAGGAGCCCGUAGGUCAUCUUGGAGGGUCAUCUCAAGUAUUGAGAAGAAGACUGAAGGAGCUGAGAAAAAGCAGCAGAUGGCUCAAGAAUACAGAGAGAAGAUCAGAUCGAGACUGAGCUUCGAGACAUCUGCAACGAUGUACUGUCUCUUUUGGAAAAGUUCUUGA